GUCACGGUGUCGUGCGCUUUUUGGAUUCGGGCAGAAGAAGAUGGCGGCCUCCUCAGGAGUCAAAGUUCCUCGUAAUUUUCGUUUGUUGGAAGAGCUUGAGGAAGGACAGAAGGGUGUUGGUGAUGGAACAGUGAGCUGGGGUUUGGAGGAUGAUGAAGAUAUGACUCUCACACGGUGGACAGGCAUGAUCAUCGGACCAGCACGAACUAAUUAUGAAAACAGAAUAUACAGCCUGAAAGUGGAGUGCGGACCUAAAUAUCCCGAAUUACCACCGACUGUUAGAUUUGUAACAAAAAUUAGCAUGAAUGGAGUAAAUAAUUCCAACGGGAUGGUGGAUGCACGUAGCAUACCAAUUCUAGCAAAAUGGCAAAACUCGUAUAGCAUUAAAGUCGUUCUUCAAGAGCUAAGGCGUCUUUUGAUGUCCAAAGAGAAUAUGAAGCUUCCCCAACCACCAGAAGGACAAACAUACAGCAAUUAAUUGUAAAUGAUUGUGACCCUCUGUCUUAAACCUUACUCUCUUAGAAAUGUCUUGUAAAUCAUCAGAAACAAACAAACAAAUAUUGGUCACUCCCCAGUCUCCACCGCUGGAGCUAAGAUUGGACCUUUCUAUUAGUUAAGCUUGACAAACAAAGAAUGCCUUUAACGUGAGGCACCAUUCUGUUUAACAAUUACGAGUUCACAAAUCUCUCUUCUAGUAACGUCACAUCGACCAAAAGCUUACGCUCUCCAGCUGAAUCGUCGAAGAAAGAAAGGCAUGUUAGAACGUGAGGUUUAUACAGAUCUAUACAUUUUAAGUUAAAGCAACUGGGCACCAAAUUCUAAAAUUAGAAUGCACAUACGACGGCAUGCUUGUAAAGAAAAUAAAUGAGGGAAAAAAAGCAUUUCUGGGAAAAACGAAACAUGAUAAAGCAGCUGUGUAAGUUGUAUGUUUUUUUUGUGUGUGUGUAUCUGAACCCCUCACUGACGGUAAUGUUAAGGGUCCUUAAAAGUGUGCCUGUAGUGUACUAGUAGUAUCGCAAACGGGGGGUGGUUAUAAACUUUCAUUUUUUUGUUUUUAUUUGUAAUGUCUGUAUUUGACACAAUAGCAGUUUGUUUUCAGCGUGGUGGCUCUUGUAAACGGAUGCUCUGUUCUGUUGUGGAUUCGAACCAUGCGCUUUACUCCUACAGGAAAUGUCGGGUGCAUUAAAAAUGUGACUCUCCAACCCGCUGUCAGACUUUGUUUGUCCAUCACAUGCCGCAAAAAUGCUGAGAUGUUAGUGUUGCAAACAGCAAACCCUUGCCAUUCAGAUGAGAACGCUUUCUGCCUCGCCGCUCACUCACAUGGAUUCGGUAGAUUUAAAACACCAAACCACUACAAACCUUCUAGUAAAUUCCCACAGAUAUGUUUCAUAUCACAGCAGUUUAUCUGAGCAACAGACACGUUUUGGCUGUUAAUUUAUACUCAAAUUUAGUGUUUAUGCUGCAGUUUAAACGUGUGAUUGAGGACGUACCCGUCGAUAAGAUAUCUGGUGUUGAUGGUAAGGAUUUGCUGUUGGAAACUUGCCCUUGCUUAUCCACAGUGCUUUAAAACUCCACCUGUAACUGCGACGGCAUGCUGUUAUGUAGCUAUCAUUAAAUCUGAAUUUAGUACUUCAGUAAUUAAACAUUAGAAACACUGAUAUAAUCUUUAGGUACUCUAACAAACGUCAUUGAAUUGUAAUUCCAGUGACUGGUGGGGGAUUGUUGUAUUGUUCAUUUAUGCUUCGGUUGGCUAUGACCAUUUCACUAAAGUCUUCAUUAGGCUGUUACUGUGCAAAUGAUUAUAUGUAGUGACAAUUUCUAACGGCCUCGACUUGUUCAGAGCCACAAUCACCCUGCAGUGUAAUGAAUCUAAGAAUCAUUUUCUCCCUGUUCAUGUUUUCUUUCCUUUUUUUAAGACAUAACCAAAUUAAGUUGAAUUUGUGACACCGGGGCUAUGUUCAGAAUAAUAAAACAAACAUUGUGGAACACA